CCCACUGCCUGGUUUCCACUACACCGCCGCGAGUUCAUGUACCUUGCCUGGGCUUACCUUACUUAUACGGAUCAUGCCGUGUUCGCUACACCCACCGGCUGCUCCCAUGGUGCCGGCUACACCACCUACGCCAGCUCCUUUUCCCUCUUGCUUUUCCAACAGCAAGAUCGGUCUAUUGACAGCACUAGUCUAGGGGUCACCAGGUGCACCAUUGUCAAAUAGCACAAAUAUCACGGUCUUAUCGCAACCCAUGUUGGCCAUUUGGGAUACUUAGCUGCUCACAAAUAUUUCCCCUUGUAGAAUAUCGAAGUUUUUCCCAAGGCUGGCCCAACACGAUGCUACCCUCAUCCAUAUACCCCUGCCGGGAUCCCCUCCCUUCCCCCAGCUCCAUGACAUGCAAGCAAUAUGGGCUGUGCAAUAUCGUCCAUCAGCAGCUCACAUUUUCUGGUACGAUGAGAUGGUCGGCACCACACUGGCACACCCUCUCUCUCACUGUGCUCACAUGGCAGCACCAGAACAACAUCCCCCAUCCGGCACCCACACCUCCCACCAAGAACUUGGCUUUUCGCUUACCGGCAACCACCAAGAAGCGUGGCAAGGGUGUCUGUUACUCUCCCGUUGACUUGUUGCAACCAAAGAUUCGAAAAAAAAAAAAAAAAAAAAAAAAAAAAAAAAAAAAAAGUCACUGGUACUUCGUAUUGCCAUUUCUUAUUCUCAUAACUCAGCUUCGCCUACAGAUGUCAGCCAUGGUGUUACCUGGCCAUGGAAGAUAUAUAGCUAUCAUGGUCUCCUUCGUCGGUAAUGCUUCCUUCUUUUUCGAUAUCCCCUUCUCUUGAAUUCGCUGUCGUACUGGUGUCCGCCAUAGGACAUAACACUUUUCCAUCAUGAGGGCAAUUCAAGCAGGGGCCGUCUUGACCUCUCUUCUUCUGUCUUCAGUAAGCCUCAUUCUUGACAGGUGCUUCGCUCUCAUGAUCCAUAGCUAACUAUGCG